UUGGCGCAAUGGGUUGCCUGUCAGGCUUCCCAGGCCACCAACCUGGAAGGGGAAAGCUGCCCGGGACUAGACCGGGCCGUCCGGAGGGUGAAGGCGGGUGAGUCGGUGAGGGGAUCAAAGGCGGCGAGCGCCCCCCUGGCGGCGGCGACUCCCCCUCCAUCGAUGUUCAACUAGGGGGAGGGUUCCCUCUCCGAACCAACGCAGUGUUUGUAAACACCCCCGGGCUCCUAACAACCCGCCAGCAAGCAAACAGCAACAUUCAGGAGUAUUGCUUAAAAAAACUCCAUGGCGUCCAAAGUCCAGUUGCUGUGUUGGGGCCAUGCCAAUUUGGGGCAGCUUGGUUUGGGCGAGGGACACGAAAACAUAGUGGUCCACCCCAGGAUCUCCUCGUUCUUCAGCAGCAAAGCCGUGCGGGAGGUUGCCUGUGGACGAUACCACACGGCCUUUGUUCUGCAGGACGGAAGCGUCUACACAUGUGGCUCCAACAUCUGGGGACAGCUGGGCCACGACAAGUCCGGAUACAUCCCAGAACAGGUUACGGCUCUGGAUGCCCAGACGAUAAUCCACACCGCUUGUGGAGAGGCCCACACUGUGGCCAUCAAUGACCAGGGCCAGGUCUUCGCUUGGGGAGCGGGAAAAGAUGGCCAGCUCGGGAUUGAUUCCACAGAAGAGAUGGUCAGGAUACCGAGGUUGGUCCGGACACUGAGUGGAGACGUUGUCGUACAGGUCACCUGUGGAAGCUGGCACUGUCUGGCUCUUACCAAAGACAGUCGCCUGUUUUCCUGGGGCCAGAACUCCCAUGGACAGCUGGGUCUGGGGAAGGGUGUUCCCUCCCAGUCCAGUCCCCAGUGUGUGAACUCUCUCUCCGGGAUUCCUCUGGCUCAGAUCACCACGGGAGGAACGCACAGCUUCACUCUGUCGCUCUCGGGCGCUGUGUUUGCCUGGGGCAGGAACAACUGUGGUCAGCUUGGACUCAGCGACGACAAAGAUCGAGAUGUCCCCAAUCACGUGAAGUUCCUGAGGAGCCAGAAAAUAGUGUACAUUAGUUGUGGCGAAGAGCACACUGCUGCACUAACCAAGAGCGGAGGCGUGUUUACGUUCGGGGCUGGACUGUGCGGACAACUGGGCCACAACUUCAGAAACAAUGAGGUCAACCCCCGCAGGGUCCAGGAGCUGAUGGGAAGCGAAGUCUCCCAAAUAAGCUGCGGCAGGCAGCACACAGUUGCUUUUGUCCCUUCCUCUGGACUGGUCUAUGCUUUUGGACGUGGCAACAGAGGUCAGCUGGGGUCUGGACACAUGGUUAAUGCUCAGGUCCCAUACAGAGUGGCUGGAAACUGGGUAACUCACAAGCACAAGGCACACCCCACUGACCAGUCGAGUUACCGCGUGCUGAAACAGGUCUCUUGUGGAGGCGAUCAGAGCUUUGCCCUCUUCUUCCAUCAAGAGAACUCGCAAGUCCCUGAUGACUUCCGCUGCAUGGAUCCUGUCAGGCGGGUCAGGAUCAUUAACAACAGCAAUAACAUGUGGCUGCUCAGCCUUUCAGGGAAGGAUGUGCUGAAUGAAUUGAACGUGAUCUUUUCUUCACCUGGGUGUUUAAAUGGCAGUUUUCUUAACCAUCAGAAUGAUGAGCAUUUCAAAACCAGUCCUCGGAACCCAGGCAUUGACUUGAAUGCAAUCCGAUUAUUUUUUGAGAACAUGGUGAAGUCUCCAUAUUGCAAGUUACUCCAGCAGGUGUCUGUGACGGUGGAGAAUCGCCUCCUCUCCCAGUUGCCAACUUCGCCUCCUGACGUUGAGGCGAUGAGAGCCUUCUUGAUAUUACCAGCGUUUCCUCUUUUCCAAGACUCCAAGAGUUAUUUGACCUUUGCACUUCCUUUUGCCGCUGCCAUUCUCCACCUGGACGUCAACCCAAGCAAAGUGUUGGAUAACUGGUGGUGUUGGGUGGGUGCGAGCUACUUUGGCCGAUUGGUGGAGCUCUAUAAACAUGCAGUUGUGUACCUGCUGACCAGAAUGAGAACCGUGCUGUUGGCUCCUGUCUUUAGCCAUUACAUCAAGGAUGCUCUUCAAGUUUUGGAAAAGCUGCACAAGGUGAAUACAAUCGCUAACCAUGUUGACUAUGAUAUGUUUUACAUCCAUGAACUCAACAACUUGGUCAACAUUGAAUCUGAUUAUCUUUACUGGGCGUCCCAACAUGCUGGAGUGAAACUACAACCAGCUAUUGCAGAGGUCCCUGUUGCUUUCUGCACCUACCCCUUUGUUUUGAACGCCCAGGCAAAAACAAAGAUGUUACAGACUGAUGCUUCCUUACAGAUGCAGGUAGCUGUGAACAGGACCAGUCUGGAGAAUAUCUUCAUGAUGCUCACUCUGGGGCCAUUCCUCACCACCAGUCCCUUCCUUGUCCUGCACGUUCAGCGGGCCAACCUCGUCAGCGAUACACUGAGAGAGCUCAGCAUUCAUUCAGACGUGGAUUUGAAAAAGCCUUUGAAGGUGGUGUUCCUGGGCGAGGAAGCGGUGGACGAUGGAGGGGUGACCAAGGAAUUCUUCCUGUUGCUCCUCAAGGAACUGCUGGAUCCCAAGUACGGCAUGUUCACCUACUACGAGCAGUCCAGACUCCUGUGGUUCUCGGAAAAAACGUUCGUGGAGUUAAACUGGUUCCACCUGAUCGGGAUCCUGUGCGGCUUGGCCAUUUACAAUUUCACAGUGGUGGACCUGCAGUUCCCGCUGGUGCUGUACAAGAAACUGCUGGACGUCCCACCUUCCCUGGAGAACCUGAAAGAGCUCUCCCCCACAGAGGGCAGGAGCUUGCAAGAACUGUUGGAUUACCCUGGUGAUGAUGUUGAAGAUACCUUCUGCCUUACGUUUGCGAUUCUUCGAGUAAACUAUGGCGUGUCGGAGCUGCAGGAAUUGGUCCCUGGCGGUAAGAACCUACCCGUGAAGAAGGAGAACAGGAAGGAAUUUGUUCAAGCCUACGUGAACUACAUCUUCAACACUUCCAUCCAGGAGCUCUUCGCGGCUUUCUCCAGCGGUUUCCUAAAGGUCUGCGGAGGGAAGGUACUUCAGCUCUUUCAGCCCAGUGAACUGAUGGCCAUGGUGGUUGGAAACACCAGCUACAACUGGAAGGAGCUGGAGAUGAGUACGAUAUACAAAGCUGAUUACCAUCCUGCACAUCCGACUAUUAAAAUAUUUUGGGAAGUUUUCCACGAGUUUCCAUUGGAAAAAAAGAAGCUUUUCUUGUUGUUCCUGACCGGCAGUGAUCGCAUUCCCAUUUAUGGCAUGUCAAGCAUUCAGAUGACCAUACAGCCGACUGCAGGAGGGGACUGCUAUCUCCCGGUGGCUCACACCUGCUACAACCUUCUCGAUCUCCCCAAGUACCAGACUAAAGCAAAACUCAGCACCAAACUCACCCAGGCUAUAGACCACCAUGAAGGGUUUAGCUUGGUAUGAGACGAACUCUUUUAUUUUCUUUUUCAGUACAAGGGUAUAUAUCGAUCCAAUAAGCACUUUAUUAUUAUCAAAGACUAUUUUACAAAGUUCAGUCUCGUCCCUUCCUGUUUUAAAAGAUUCUUUUUAUAAUGUCAUCAUUUGGCAGUAAGUCCAAACCAUCGGGUCCAUUUUAAACACAUCUUUUUCCAAUGCUGUGGGAUAUAUUUCAGCAUUAAGUUCGUUUGUCUGGAUUGAUAUCAGUCUUAUGAAUGAGGAGAAUUGAUUACAGAUUUGGCUUGGCAGUCUGCAGGUUUUAAUGACGCUCCCUUGACUUGCUGGAAUCUCUAUGGCAACACGACCAAAGAAUAGCCUGGAAUGUGGAUGUCACUUGCUUGCUUGUAAUGGGCUCUCAAUCCUUGUUACAAAUCAUGAGUGCAAUUGGUUUGGGCCGCAAUAUAGGCGCCCAAGGCCCCUGCCUGAAAAUCAGUGCUGAUUAGGACCUUUGUGAAUGGAUUUAAAUGCAUGUUUGAGGUCCUCGCUCAUCAAUAGUGGGUUUUCUUGGGGAGGGGAGGGAUCGAGGCUACUGCGAGCUAUCAUAGAGGCCACGCGAACACCUGUCAACAGCUUCCCAUAAGGGUGGCAUUGUGGCUCAGCGGUAGAGUUGCUGCCUCCCAGCAACAGAGGCACGGGUUCGAUCCUGACCUCGGGUGCUGUCGAUGUGGAAUUUGUACGUUCUCCACGUGACCGUGUGACUCGGGUGCUCCGGUUUCCUCCCAC